UCUCUUCCCUUUUCUUCCCUUCCCUACAUCCUUGGAUUAAUUCGCCUUUCAACCUGAUUUGUUGGGAAUUCGGUCCAGCUUCGUUCGGAUCUCGAUUUCGAAUUAAUCGAUCAAAAUGUACGGAUUCGAAGCUAUGACCUUCAACAUCCAUGGCGGGUAUCUGGAGGCGAUCGUGAGGGGCUACAGGGCCGGCCUCCUCACUGCCGCCGAUUACAACAACCUCUGCCAGUGCGAGACUCUCGACGACAUCAAGAUGCACCUUUCCGCUACUGAAUACGGGCCUUAUCUCCAGAAUGAACCUUCUCCAUUACAUACAACCACAAUUGUGGAGAAAUGCACUCUUAAACUGGUUGAUGAGUAUAAGCACAUGCUAUGCCAAGCCACAGAGCCAUUGUCAACAUUCUUAGAGUAUAUCACAUAUGGUCACAUGAUAGACAAUGUUGUCCUAAUUGUCACUGGAACCUUGCAUGAGAGAGAUGUUCAGGAACUGUUGGAGAAAUGUCAUCCUUUGGGUAUGUUUGACAGCAUUGCCAGCUUGGCAGUCGCUCAGAAUAUGCGUGAGCUUUAUAGAUUGGUUCUUGUUGACACACCAUUGGCUCCAUACUUUUCUGAGUGUAUUACAUCCGAGGAAUUGGAUGACAUGAACAUUGAAAUUAUGAGGAACACACUUUACAAGGCAUACCUGGAGGACUUUUACAGGUUUUGUCAGAAACUUGGUGGUGCUACAGCAGAGAUCAUGUCUGACCUUCUGGCCUUUGAGGCCGACAGGAGAGCUGUCAACAUCACUAUAAAUAGCAUUGGCACUGAGCUUACUCGAGAUGAUCGUAGGAAAUUGUACUCGAAUUUUGGUUUACUUUAUCCCUAUGGCCAUGAGGAACUUGCUGUCUGUGAGGAUAUAGAUCAGGUGAAUUUUGGGUUUUACUCUGUUGUACAUGAUUGAAUAUUCGUAAAUCCUAACGUUUGGUUUCUUCUGUGUCAAUGGGCUACAGUUCCAUUAUGGUGUUUUCUUUGCAUACAUGAGGUUAAGGGAGCAGGAGAUCAGGAACUUGAUGUGGAUAUCAGAGUGUGUGGCUCAAAACCAGAAGUCCAGAGUUCAUGACAGUGUUGUCUUCAUAUUUUAGGUGCACCAGUGUUCCUUAGGAACAACCAUAUGACCUUUGCUGUAAAUUACCUUAUAGCAUACUGCAUCCAUCAUUUUAAAUUCAAUGUUGUUUAUCUAGACUGUUAGCAUCUGUUGUGUGUUUUGUUGAAAUAACUCCAAAAAAGUAUGUUUCCUGGGAGAUACUUGUAUUCUGAUGGAUUCAACUUCCUCCAAGUUAGUAUUAUUUUUGUAAAAGAUGAUUUCUUGUUCUGAAUAAUGAUGUACAAUAAACAAGAACCUAUUGCACCCGCACCCAGCUUUAGCUGCAGUGUGACAGACUCACAGAUGACUGUAUUACCAGGAAAAGGUUAUUAGAUAGUAUCUGCCAUCGCCAAAAACCCUAACCCCCCAAAAUGCCCACCACAGUCCUCCUUCUGAUCUUUCUCGCCACUACCGCCCUCCACCCACCCGCCACCAGCUCAGCCCCCUUCCUCGGCCUAGAUACCUUCCUAACUCAGCAAUUCCGCCACGACCCUCAGUCCACCAACGACUCCUUCUCCUCCCUCCCUUCCUCCCUCAAGAAAUCCCUUUCUUCCCUUUCUUCCUUCCACAUCCCUUCCCUCAUCUCCUCCCUCGUCUCCCUCUCCCUUCCCGUUUCUCUCCACGUCCGCCUUGUCGGUCCUUCCUUCGCCACCGAUUCUCCUGAUCUACUUUCCUCUUUC